AUGUCCUUCGGUCGUCCUGGUGGUUUCGCAGCAGCUUUAAAAGUUUCUCCUCCUGAUAGAGGUUCUUUCCCAUUGGAUCAUGAUGGCGAAUGUAAAAACUUCAUGUUACAAUACCUCCAAUGUCUCAAGAUCAACCAAUCGGAUAAUGGCCAAUGUAGACUUGAAUCUAAACGUUAUCUACUAUGUAGGAUGGAAAAGGGCUUGAUGGAAAAAGACGACAUGGCCAAUCUUGGUCUAGGCGAUGUCACUGAUCCUCUUCCACCACCACAACUCCAAUCCCCUCUCUCAACCCCAGUCACGUCAAAAGUCAACAAUCCUGACAAAAUGCAAAGAAUAUAG